AUGGCCUCGGCAUACUCGAACCUGCCCAUGGACGGCGACGACGAAUUCGACGAGAGCCAGAUCGACUUUACCGACAUCGAAGAUCAGUUCCAGGUGCGGCUCGACGAGGGGCUCGACGCCUUUGUCGUCAUCGACGGGCUGCCCGUGGUGCCCGAGGACAGCAAGGCCAAGCUCGUCAAGUUCGUGCUGAGGAAGCUCAACAGCGUGGGCAAGGUCAAGGACGACGGCGUGCACAUGCCCGUCGGCGAGGCGGGCAAGACGGAGGGAUAUGCCUUUGUCGAAUACAGCGCGCCCGCCGAGGCCGUCGCGGCGGUCAAGCAGCUCAACGGGACUGCCCUCGACAAGAGGCACACCAUGGCCGUCAACAAGCUCACCGACAUCGACCGCUACGGCAAGGAGGGCCGCAUCGACGACGAGUACCACGCCCCCGAGAUCCCGCCCUUUGAGCACAAGGAGCACCUGCGCUGGUGGCUCGGCGACCCCGACAGCCGCGACCAAAUGGCCAUGUACCGCCAGGACAAGGUCGGCGUCUUCUGGAACGACAAGGAGGACCAGCCCGAGCAGGUGGUCGACCGCGAGAACUGGACCGAGUCCUUCAUCCAGUGGUCGCCCCAGGGAACCUACCUCACCUCCAUGCACGCCCAAGGUGUCCAGCUGUGGGGCGGCAAGGCCUGGAGCCGCCAGAAGCGCUUCGCCCAUCCCGGCGUCAACCUCGUCGACUUCUCCCCCAGCGAAAAGUACCUCACCACCUGGUCCCACCGCCCCCUCCAGGUCGACGAGAACCACCCCGUCCCAUCGCUCUCGCUCGAGGAGGACGGCAAGAACUACAUCAUCUGGGACAUUGCCACGGGCAAGCCUCUGCGCUCCUUUGCUACCAUUGACGUCCCUGGCGGCAUCGAUGCCGAGGGCAACCCGGUCAAGAAGAAGCUGCAAUGGCCGACGUUCAAGUGGUCCUCUGACGACAAGUAUGUUGCACGCAUGACCCAGGGCCAGUCCAUCUCCAUCUACGAGCUGCCGCGCAUGAACUUGCUCGACAAGACUUCCGUCAAGAUCGAGGGCGUCAUGGACUUUGAGUGGGCCCCCGCAACGCCCCGUAGAGAAGGCAUCAAGACGUACGAGCAGCUCUUCUGCUACUGGACCCCCGAGCUCGGGAGCAACCCCGCCAAGGUCGGCCUCAUGUCCGUCCCGUCGAAGGAGAUUGUGCGCACCCGAAACCUCUUCAACGUGUCAGACGCCAAGCUUCACUGGCAGUCGGAAGCUGCCUACGUCUGCGUCAAGGUCGACCGCCACUCCAAGUCCAAAAAGUCUCUCGCCACCAACUUGGAAAUCUUCCGUGUCCGCGAAAAGGGUGUGCCUGUUGAGGUCGUUGACUCCAUCAAGGACACUGUCAUCAAUUUCGCCUGGGAGCCCAAGGGCAACCGCUUCGUGCUCAUUACCACUGGCGAAGUCAUCCAGGGCGCCGCUGUUGGCCCCAAGACUGCCGUCUCUUUCUUCGCUCCCGAGAAGCUCAAGGGUGGCGCGCCUGGCAACUUCCGUCACAUCCGAACCAUUGACAAGAAGAACAGCAAUGCCAUCUACUGGUCGCCCAAGGGACGAUUCGUCGUUGUCGCUGCUCUACAGUCGCAGCAGUCAUUCGAACUCGAAUUCUGGGACAUGAGCUUCGACAGGCCAAAGGAGGAGUCCGAAAAGGGCGACAAGGAAGUCAAUGCCAACUUGCAGCUCAUGGAUACGGCCGAGCACUACGGCGUCACCGACAUUGAAUGGGACCCGACUGGCCGCUAUGUCGCCACAGUCGCUAGUGCCUUCCGUCAUCGCAUGGAGAACGGUUACCACCUCUACGACUUCAAAGGCACGCUGCUCCGCGAAGAAGCCAUCGAAGGCUUCAAGCAGCUCCUGUGGCGCCCACGGCCCCCGACCCUCCUCUCCAAGGAGGAACAAGCCGAGAUCCGCAAGAAUCUGCGCAACUACUCCAAGGUCUUUGAUGAACAGGAUAUUGCGAAGAAGAGCUCCGCCAACAAGGCUGUGGUGGAAGCUCGCCGCGAGAUGCUGGAUGAGUGGCGCAGGUGGCGCGAAGAAGUUACACAGAGGCUACGCGAUGAGGGCGCCGACCUUGAGCUGGCAUCUCUCAAAGGUGAGACGCCUGGUCAAGCGGAUGAUGGACAUCAGGAAGAGAUUGAGGAAAUCGUAGAGGAGAUUAUCGACGAGACCGAAGAGGUUGUCAAUUAG